AUGCUUCGGGUAUUGGUGUUUUUUGGAGUUGUGUGCAGCGCCCUCUCCGACUACGACUACAAAGGCCGUGAUUAUGUCAAAGAAAAAGCGGAUCGUCUCGUUUUCGGGUUGUGGGGAAUCAAAGACCUCCCAAAAAUGCUCGAGGUCGUUGACAAUGCACUAACGGCUGGAUACAGGACUUUUGAUACCGCCCAGGCUUACGACAAUGAAGAAAUCACGGGUAAGGCUUUUAAGGAGCUGUUGCCAAAGCAUAAUUUGACCAGGGAGGACAUCUUCUUGGCUACAAAGAUUCACAAUAUUCAUCAGGGACCUUUGGCAGAGCCGUCACUUAUUGAAUCUAUGAAGCUCCUCCAAGUCGACUAUCUCGACCUCGUGCUCAUCCACUGGCCCGGAGUGUUCCCUGUCAACCAUUCCGAGCCCAAGCGCAAUCUAACCGGCCGAAAAGAGACAUGGCAAACACUAGAGAAAUUCUAUGUCAACAGUCUCGUCAAGUUUUGCAAGGAGAAGGGGAUUAUUUUCCAGGCCUAUUUCUGCGCCCUCCAUCUAACCCCAGAAGCCGCAAAAUCACAAGUCGAGGACAAGCUACCCACCGAGAUUGCCGCAAAAUAUAACAUUUCCUCAAAACUCCUCCAAUUUGCGUAUCCAUACAAUUUGGGAAUGAGUGUUAUGAUGCGCGCCACAUCACCAAAGCACAUCAUCGAGAACUUGAAGGCUAAGGAAAUUAAACUCGAGCAAGCGGACAUCGACGCGUUGACGUUAAAGAAUACGACCGGCCAUAAGAAUUGUGGAGACCCGAAAUUUGUCACGGAUAGUGAUACCGUUAAGAUUAUUGAGGCA